AUGUCGUCCUCCCGACUCGAUUCCACCUACACCACCACCAGCCUCGUCAUCGGCUACGCACUCUGUUCAAGCCUCCUCGCCGUAAUCAACAAAUUCGCAAUCACAUGGUUCAACUACCCCGGACUUCUCACCGCUCUUCAAUACCUAACUUCCUCUCUCGGUGUUUACUUCCUCGGAAAAUUAGGGUUUCUCCAUCACGAUCCCUUCACAUGGGAAACCGCUAAGAAAUUCCUUCCUGCAGCCGUCGUCUUCUACCUCGCGAUCUUCACCAACACGAAUCUCCUCCGUCACGCCAAUGUCGAUACCUUCAUCGUUUUCCGAUCUCUAACUCCGCUUCUCGUCGCGAUCGCCGAUACGGUUUUCCGCGGCGAGCCUCGUCCUUCGAGGCUUACUUUCUUAUCUCUCUUAAUCAUCCUCGCUGGUGCUGUUGGGUACGUAGCUACUGAUUCGGCUUUUACCCUUACUGCGUAUUCAUGGGCAUUAGCGUAUCUUGUUACAAUCACUACUGAAAUGGUUUACAUUAAGCAUAUGGUUUCGAAUCUAGGAUUGAACACUUGGGGAUAUGUUCUCUACAAUAACCUCUUGUCUCUUAUGAUUGCGCCGAUAUUCUGGUUUCUUACCGGCGAACAUUCGGAGGUUUUCACUGCCGUGAAUGACAAUUGGGGGAAUUUGUUUGAGCCUGUGGCGUUUUUCGCCGUGGCAUUGUCUUGUUUGUUCGGUUUCCUUAUCAGUUUCUUCGGAUUUGCGGCUAGGCAAGCUAUAUCCGCUACGGCUUUUACGGUGACUGGUGUUGUUAACAAGUUCUUGACUGUUGUGAUCAAUGUUCUGAUUUGGGAUAAGCAUGCCACUCCUGUUGGUUUGGUUUGUCUCCUUGUUACAAUCUGUGGUGGGGUUGGUUACCAGCAGUCAGUGACCGUGGCUAAGAAACCGACCAAUGGUCCAUUACAACCUUCGAACAUCGACAAGGUUGAUGAAGAGUCGAUGGAGUUGAUUCCGGGAAAACUAGCUACUUCUGUAUGA